ACACGCUAGAUGCUAGCACUCAUAACAAAAACUCUUAUACAUCUUCACUCACUGUUGUAGUUUAGUUUCGAAUUGCAUCUCCACAUCUUGACACCCUCAUAUACUUACUUGAACAAAAAGCAACAGCUCAAAGCCCCCAUGUAUCCUAAAUUUCUACUCCGACCUACUGUCUUCCGUAACAGACAGCCAAAUGUGGGGUCCAGGGGCUCAACUUCGGAAGUAGGGCCCGGGCCAUCUCUGGAAACAAACGACGGGAAGUGCUUGGAUGGCCAUGUCUCACGUAUUCGCUGUUUGUGCUGCGCAGCAGACAUUUGCUUCACAUCGCAAAUAAUCAGCAAAGGGUUCACAGGCCGCUAUGGCCGUGCAUUUCUUGUGUCUGGGGAACCCAUGACCAGCGCAAUCACUAUGAAGACUUCGCCCAUUGAUUCCCUUCCAAAUACCCUCAUACAAAAGCCCGUACCGCGACGGUUGGUCACAGGUGCGCAUACAGUAGGCGACAUCAACUGCGCCCUUUGUGGAAAUGUGCUCGGCUGGAAAUAUGUCACUGCUGAAGAAGAAUCGCAACGCUACAAGGUCGGCAAGUUCAUCUUGGAGACUGAAAGGAUUAUGACAUCUUCGUCUUGGGAAUCCCCAUCUUACAUCGACUCAGCAAUGCUAUCUGCGUCUCCGGGCUCUGGAGAGGGACUAUCGGGAAACUCAGGGAAUAGUAUAGAAUUCGACAGUCAGAAUGAGGACGAGUGCGAGGACUUGUUUGCUGGAGUCUGGAGCCCUGGGUUGGCCAUGCGGCGGAGGAAUCGCAAACUGCCCGAACGCCGGCCUUCUAUAUUUGGAAUGACGACUCUAUGAUAUUUCUCGUCCUUGGGAGGUCUAUGUGACUAUUUCCGACAAAGUACGAUAUGAUUAUCUAUGAUUUCAGGUCUCCUGUAGAGAGCCCUAUCACUAAUAACUAUAAUUCGCCUUCUGCGAGCCCCCUUCUCCCUCUCCUUCUCCCCAUUUUCUUUCUCGUCCCGUUUUCUACACGAUGGGAUGUAGGGACGAAUGAUACUUAUAAUGAUUGAAUAUUGUGAUGGUCGGGUCAUACUUGCUGUUAUUACCCCUCAAUCCGUUCGCUAAGCCUCGCUCAAAUGGGUAUCAUAUCAGUAUUAAUGAUCAUUUGGAGCCAACGUCAACAUGACCGUGUUAGACCCUUCGUCCUAGGUGCCACAAACGAUGUUGGACAAAACAUAAAGAGAAAUAACAAUUCGAG